CUCCAUCGAUCACCGGCAACUUCACUGAAGCUAGCUAGCUAAUACUCGAUCAUCGAUCAAGUUAAUAUUAAUCAUCAUCUGCUUGCAUUGACUGACACUAAUUAAGUAUAUAUAGCUAUGGGUGUUGAGAGCAAGGUGGUGGUCGCCGCCGUGGUGCUGGUGGCAAUGGUGGUGGGGGCGUCGGCGGCGAUCACUUGCGGUCAGGUGGGGACGGCGAUCGCGCCGUGCAUCCCGUACGUGACGGGGAGGAGUAGUGCGCUGAGCCAGGGGUGCUGCAACGGCGUGAAGGGACUGAACAGCGCCGCCCGCUCCACCGCCGACCGGCAGGCCGCCUGCCGCUGCCUCAAGAGCCUCGCCGGCACCGUCAAGUCGCUCAACCUCGGCACCGCCGCCGGCAUCCCCGCCAAGUGCGGCGUCAACGUCGGCUUCCCCAUCAGCCUCUCCACCGACUGCAACAAGGUCAGAUAGAUGAACACUGCAUGGAUUGAUUGAUCGAUCGAGCUUAACACGCUAGCUCGCAGUUUAUCAACCAGUAAUAAGCAAGUACUUGCUACAUUAUAAACGAAGUGAAAUAACAUCUGCUGCAUUAUGCACUGCAGCGUUCUGUAUCUUCCGCCUGUGUACGUGUGUAAUUAAUCCUACGUCGAGUCCGAGUGUUGUAUGUGAUCAACUGCAUGUUGUUCAACGAUCGACUUGGGCCUACUCAUAUAUACAGAUAGCUUCUUGUGCCGAUGAGCCAAUCUGUUGUAAUUUUCUGUACCUUAUUACACGCACCUGGUGUGAUACCAAGAAUUUAUUAACUUUGCGUCUUUUUC